CGCUUGCGGCAGUCAUCAUGACACUUCCGCGGUCGGAUCAUCACGAUGGUGAGAUUGUGAGAUAUCCGAAGGAACAGAGGAAUAAAGAAAUGCAGCACGAUUCCGCGAAAUCAGGCGGCAAUUUCAUUAGAAAGUUGAGUUACAACAAACACAUUAAACACAUCCAUUCUCUGGAGGAUUCGUUUGUGGAUUUUUGCGGAAGCAGUUCGAUACACGGUGUUCGGUAUAUUGGUUGCAGGGAUAGUUCCUACGUUGAGAAACUAAUUUGGACCGUCAUCUUCAUAACCACGCUGUACUUCGCUGGUACCAACAUUCUGGAAGCUUGGGUCAAGUGGGAGAAGAAUCCAGUCAAAAUAGUAACCUCAGACAAAGUCACCUACAGUUGGGAAAUACCGUUUCCAGCGGUGACCAUUUGUCCCCAGACGAAAUCAAAGCGUUCACUGUACGAUAUCGGUAGGGCGUAUUGUGAAACCAAAGGCGAUCCGAACAAGCUCGACGAUCAUCUCAAGGGACUCCUACAGCUGUGUGAUGCACCAUGUUUCUAUAAUAUCAACUACACUAGCCCAGCAAACCCACGAAUAGUGCGAUUGAUGGACGAAGUUGCACCCACGCUGGAAGAUAUAUGCGAGAGCAUAACCUGGGAUUUGGACAAGCUCGGGUGCGCGGGAAUGUUCGAGAAAGUUCUGACCGAGGAUGGUGUUUGCUACAGCUUCAACCCCAUCUCCGCGAGGGAACUGUUUCGAGCAGACCGCCUGCAUCGGCAUUACAAUCACAGUGAGGCUUCGAUCGCGAUCCAGAAUUGGAGCCCAGAAGAGGGCUACGGAUCGGUCGAUACUGACGUGGAGUACCCGAGGAGGUCAUUCCUGGAUGACAAGAAGAUUGAUUUGGUGAUCAAUUUGCGGUUGAAUGUGAGUGAUUACGAUUAUCACUGUCGGGCGGAGCAGGGUUUCAUGGUUUAUGUGCAUUCGCCGGAGGAUUUUCCGCAGGCGAAUUACCGAGCGAUUUACGUUCCGAUGGGCAAGAGUACCUAUAUAACUGUGAAGCCACAAGUUACGGAAGUUUCGUCGAAGUUGCUGCAGUUUUCACCGGAAAGGAGGAAGUGUUUUACGCCAGAGGAAAAGCAAUUGGAGCUAUUCAAAGUUUACACACAGAAGAAUUGCGAACUGGAAUGCCGCGCACGGGAGCAAUUGUUCACCGAGGGAUGCGUAAAUUUUGCGUUGCCCCAUGAUGACGAGGAUAAGAUUUGCAAUGUGAAGAAAGUGCACUGCACCGGAGAUGGGUCAAGAGGGCGAGAGAAGAAGAUCCUCCCACGACGUAAUUCCGAUCGGAAAAGUUGCAAUUGCUUGCAAACUUGUACCUACCUAAAGUACGUCUCAGAAAUGCUGCAGACUGAUUUGGAUUAUUGGAGCAUCCGGAAAGAUCAACGAAAAUCUUCAAACAUCUCAUACACUCAAAUCAGUGUGCACUAUAACAAGGAGAAGUUCCCAACCUUCGAGAGAACGGAUUCGUACACACUGACGGAGCUUCUGGGAACCUUCGGUGGUUUGCUGGGACUUUUCAUGGGUGUGUCGUUGCUCAGUUUCGUGGAGAUUCUUUACUUCUGUACACUGCGACCGUUCUGUGUUUGGAGACGAAAAAACCGCAAGCUCCAAAAGCAGCAACAAGCGAACGCUCGGAGAGCCGCUGAAAUUUAGACUGCCCAAGAAAAAAAAAAGAUUUUUCGUCAACCAAUUUCAGCCCCCAUCGAAUGCCCGACAGGAGACAGGAAUAAGCUUUGCCGCGUACACAACAUGAAAUAUCCAAAAGGCGGAGAUUUCCGCUGCUGUAAUACAUAACGAAACGCGCUUGUUGCAGCUUUUCGUCGGCGGGGAACAUGCGCAUAUCCGCCCAAAGCUUUCACCUAGUUUUUUAUAGCCAUUUACUCACUCCCACUUCCCCCGCAUUCUCCACGAUCCGAGUGCGGGAUUUUUAGUACAACGAUUAGAGACAAAGAUUUCCUCCCAGUUGGAAGGCGGAUCUAACAUGG